UGGCGUCCUCCUGCAGGCGCCGGAGUGGGGCUGGAGGCGGGGCCGGGGCGCGGCGCGGGGCCGCCUGCUCCGCGCUGCUCGGCGCAGCUUGGCGCUCUGCGCGCACAGGACGAAGUAACAGGAGAAUAGUCUGACAUCAGGUACGAACCCGAAGCAGGAGUCCCUGAAGCUGAAGCGAAAUUGGCUGUGCCUGUUGGCUCCAGAAGUACCUAUGGAUUAUGGCAGGAAAAGUGAAAUGGGUCACUGAUAUCGAGAAGUCAGUGCUGAUAAAUAACUUUGAAAAGAGAGGAUGGAUCCAAGUGACGGAAAAUGAAGAUUGGAACUUCUACUGGAUGAGUGUGCAAACCAUCCGAAACGUUUUUAGUGUCGAAACUGGCUAUCGGCUCUCAGACGAUCAAAUAGUCAACCAUUUUCCAAACCACUACGAACUGACCCGGAAGGACCUGAUGGUGAAGAAUAUUAAAAGAUACAGGAAGGAGCUGGAGAAGGAAGGGAGUCCUCUAGCAGAAAAAGACGAAAAUGGGAAAUACCUCUAUCUGGACUUUGUUCCGGUCACCUACAUGCUGCCCGCUGACUACAACCUGUUCGUGGAGGAGUUCAGGAAGAGCCCCUCCAGCACCUGGAUCAUGAAACCUUGUGGCAAAGCCCAGGGGAAGGGCAUCUUUCUGAUCAACAAGCUCUCACAGAUCAAAAAGUGGUCCCGGGACAGCAAGACUUCUUCGUUUGUGACGCAGUCUACUAAGGAAGCCUACGUGAUCUCUCUCUACAUUAACAACCCACUGCUCAUUGGCGGGAGGAAGUUUGACCUGCGCUUGUAUGUUUUGGUGUCUACGUACCGCCCGCUGCGCUGUUACAUGUACAAGCUCGGAUUUUGCCGCUUCUGCACCGUGAAGUACAGCCCGAGCACCAGUGAGCUGGACAACAUGUUCGUUCACCUUACCAACGUCGCUAUUCAGAAACAUGGGGAAGACUACAACCACAUCCACGGGGGCAAGUGGACCGUGAGCAACCUGCGGCUCUACCUGGAGAGCACCCGAGGCAAGGAGGUGACUGGCAAGCUGUUCGACGAGAUCCACUGGAUCAUCGUGCAGUCGCUGAAGGCCGUGGCGCCGGUGAUGAACAAUGACAAACACUGCUUCGAGUGCUAUGGGUAUGACAUCAUCAUCGACGACAAGCUGAAGCCCUGGCUGAUUGAGGUGAAUGCGUCCCCGUCUCUCACCUCCAGCACUGCCAACGACCGAAUCCUUAAGUAUAACCUGAUCAACGACACCCUCAAUAUUGCGGUCCCUAAUGGCGAGAUUCCAGACUGUAAAUGGAACAAGUCACCCCCGAAGGAAGUCCUCGGCAAUUACGAAAUUCUCUAUGAUGAAGAGCUGGCGCAGGGUGAUGGGGCUGACCGAGAGCUGAGGAGUCGCCAGGGCCAAUCACUGGGGCCCAAAGGGGGCCGAUCGCGAGACUUGGGGAGAACCGUCCUCACAACCUGGAAGUGAGCACCCGUAGACGCAAAAGACUGCAGCCUGGACCCUGCCAGAUACUCACUGCACCUGGGCCUAUUUUGAAAUUUCCUUUUUUUAGAGCUUUUUCCCCCUUUCCUCAGCCCUGUAAAUAAAUAAAGGCAUUU